UGGAACCGAGCGUCAGAGAGAGAGAGAGAUCACUUCUCAAAAAUCAGAGCGACCAAACAAAAUAAAAACCAAUCCUUUCGAUUCGAAUUUUAUUUUUUUGGUUAGUUAGCUUUUCUCUUUCGUUCAAUAACGGUUUUCAAUUUUGACAGUUAAGUAGCGAUUUCAAUUUGAUCUCCGGUGAAAGAAAGAUGGCGACUUCGUCACCGUCUCUGAGUAACAAUGGCCUCUCCGCCGUCGUCACGCCUCCCAAGACUCUCCGUGGUCUCAAUAAACCUAAGUGUAUCCAAUGCGGCAACGUUGCUCGCUCCAGGUGCCCGUUUCAAUCUUGUAAGGGUUGUUGUUCAAGAGCAGAGAACCCCUGCCCUAUUCACGUUCUUAAAGUAGCUGCGACUCCUGGUGAGAAGAUGCAGGCGCCAAGUACUCCAUCAUCAGACCAGAAAGCAUCUGAAGGCACUCCUGGGACUACAACUAGAGUUUCGUCAAUCCGCCAACUCUCUAGCAACUUUGCUCAGUUUAAUAACUUGAAUGCUUCCUCCCGCCAGAGAAAACCUUUGACGAUAAAGGAUGCUCAAGCUUUAAAUGAGUGGCGGUUUACAAAGCUUAAAGAGUAUAGAGACAGAAACAUUGAAGUAGAAAAUGAAGCUUUUGAUCGGUACAUGAGUAAUGUGAAUUUACUCGAAGAAGCAAUUUCAUUUACAUCUGUCCCUGAUGAAGAGGUUCCCAGAGCUGCAGCUUCUGAACGAAACAACGAGGAAAAAAAUAUUCCAGAGCUUAAACUGAGGCUGAGAUCGAACUCUGCAAGAACAGAGAGCUUUAAGAAGCGGAUCACGGAGACUAUCAAAGCCGGUUUGUUUAAGCUUCAGAGAACAGAAUAUGGUGGCUCUUCAGAUGAUGAAGAUGAAAAGAAAAGGCGGACGAAAAGAAAGAAAUGGCAAGACAAAGGUUCAGCUUUGAAUGAAAUAGUCGAUAAACUGAACAAAGCAAGAACCGAAGAAGAUCUCAAAUCUUGCUUAGAGAUGAAAUCAAAACUCUGCAGUCAUGUUACUUCUCCUGCAGCAUCCGAGAAGAACAAGGUUUUCCCCGCUCAAGUCCGAAAAGUUGAGAUGAGCGAAGAAGCAUUUCAAAAAAUCAGCGGGAAUCUCCAAUCUUUUGACAAUGUUGUAACUUUGUGAAGUCGAGAGCAUCCUGCCGAUGAAUUGAACUCCAAACUCCAGAUCUUUUGUGAUCAAGGUAUUGUACAAUGAUCAAACAUCCCUCAAAACAGAUCCUGAAGAGUCUUUAAAGCAUAUUCUUGUAAAGUAGUGUUGAUCAUCAAUUAGAUAUUAGAACUCAGCAAUGGAUAAAAGCUGUUGAUUGCAUCUCAUUUGAUUUUUCACUGUAUGUUACUUGUUAGAUUUAAAAUUGCUUAUUUGAUUGCUAAUAGAAAAACCAGUUUCGAGAUCA